UUUCAGCCAAAACUCUAUCCUUACCAUCAACAGCCCCACCUCUUCUCUUCUCUUUUUCUCUUUUUUCUCCUUCUCUAAAACCUCUCCCAAGAAACACCCCCCCAACAUAAAUUGGGAGACUGAGAGGAAAGAGGUUAAAGAGGCCAUGGAAAGGCUUCUAUACUCUUCUUCUCCAACUCCUCUCAAAUUCAGCCUCAAAUCCACUUCCUUUCUCCCUCGAAUUCACUCGUUGAAACUCGGGUUUGGUCCUCUAACUCGCCCGGAUUUCAGACGAGUUAACUCAGUCUCUUGCAAACAUGACAACCCAUCAAAUCCUCUUACUUCCGUUAAACUUCCCUCUCUUUCUCCUCUUCCCCCAACUGGGUCUACGCCAAAAUCCCAUUUUAACAACCAGAUCGAGAAUGGAGCCCCUUUGCAACAAAAGGCAGCUACUCUUGGGACAUUUUUAGUGCUCUCAGCUAUCAUCAUGUUCUUAAUCCCCCCAGUUUUUGCCCCGCCAGCAUUUGCCACAUUCCAAACUGCUGCGGAAACUGGGGGUACUGCUGCUGCUGUGGGGUCAAAAUUGAUGCGUACUGAAUUAUUAAGCAGUGCUUGGACUGGUUUCCUUGCUGGUUGCUUACACACAUUGUCAGGGCCUGACCACCUUGCUGCUUUGGCUCCACUCUCAAUUGGUCGUUCACGAAUGGAAAGUGCUGUUGUUGGAGCUCUCUGGGGAUGUGGGCAUGAUGCUGGCCAGGUCAUAUUUGGCUUGCUAUUUCUACUGCUAAAGGAUAGACUCCAUAUCGAGAUUAUUAGAACUUGGGGAACAAGAGUAGUUGGUUUUACACUACUUGUUAUUGGCGCUAUGGGAAUUAGGGAAGCUUCAGAAGUCCCAGCCCCAUGCGUUGCACUAGAAAAUGGUGAAUGUGAUGUCAGUGUCUAUGAAGCACUAGAAAGCCCAACAGUUGGAAAGAAGAAGAUUGGUUUUGCUACUUUUGCCACCGGAAUUGUCCAUGGGUUGCAACCAGAUGCAUUGAUGAUGGUCUUGCCGGCACUUGCGCUGCCUUCGCGCUUGGCUGGUGCUGCAUUCCUCGUCAUGUUUCUAGUCGGGACUGUUGUUGCAAUGGGAAGCUAUACAGUUUUUCUAGGCUCUUGUAGCCAGGCAUUAAAGGAUCGAGUACCUAGAAUCACUGAGAAACUGACGUGGAUAUCUUCGCUAGUAGCAAUUGCUCUUGGCCUGGCCAUUAUUGUUAGCCAGUUUUUUGGAUUCAGCUUGUAUUGAUCCACCUGACCCGGCAGCCAGAUUCACAUUUGCAAGCUAGCAUUUAGUGUUAGAGAAAGAAAGCUCUUUAGAAAUAGAUAAUUUAUCGUCGGCAACAGAAAUAUCAGUGAGAAUCUGUCUUCUUUAGUCUUAUUUUGCUUUUUGUGAGGUUGUAAUUUUUGAUAUAUAAGUGAAGCCUAUGUCAUGGAGAAAUCUCUGUAAUUCAUUUAUGGUAGAAUUCGAGUUUGGUUGAAAAACUUUCUGGUAUUCAUAUGCCUCAACUUUUAAUGUAUUUGAUUUUGAGAAUGAAAAUCAAAUAUUACUCUUGAA